AUGACAGAUUCAGUAGUUAGAGGAUUUGAAGAUGAAUUAUCAUUUAUUGAAAAGAUAGAUUCAGUUAGAUAUAGAGUUAAAAAAGGAUUUGUACCAAAUAUGAAUGUUGAUGGUAUGAUCUAUGUUAAUGAUUCAAUUAAAGAUUAUUUAUAUGAAGAAUUGGAACAAUAUUCAAAACGUGGUGUUAGUGGAUUUUUACCAGCAGUUAAACAGAUUGCAAAUGUUGCAAGUUUACCAGGUAUUGUGGGACAUUCAUUGGGUAUGCCUGAUAUUCAUAGUGGCUAUGGGUUUAGUAUUGGUAAUGUUGCAGCAUUUGAUACAGAGGACCCGCUAUCGAUCGUUUCACCUGGGGGUGUUGGUUUCGAUAUUAAUUGUGGUGUAAGAUUAUUAAGAACCAAUUUAACAGAGAAAGAUAUUGAACCAAUUAAAGAACAACUUUGCCAAUCACUUUUCGACCAUGUACCAGUUGGUGUGGGCUCCAAGGGUGUCAUACCAAUGAAUAUAAAGACCCUAAAUCAAGCAUUGGAAAUGGGUGUCGACUGGUCAUUGGGUGAGGGUUAUGCAUGGGUUGAGGAUAAAGAGCAUUGUGAAGAGUAUGGCAGAAUGUUGAAUGCCGACCCAACCAAAGUGUCCGAGAGGGCAAAGAAGAGGGGUUUGCCACAAUUGGGUACUUUGGGAGCUGGUAAUCAUUAUUUAGAGGUGCAGGUGGUCGAUGAAAUCUAUGAUAAAGCAGCUGCAAAUAAAAUGGGUAUCGAUAGACAAGGUCAAAUUUGUAUUAUGAUUCAUAGUGGUAGUAGAGGUUUGGGUCAUCAAGUUGCAACCGAUUCCUUGACUCUAAUGGAGAAAGCAAUGGCAAGAGAUCACAUUCAUUUAAAUGAUAAACAAUUGGCAUGCUCAAGAAUUAACAGUACCGAAGGUCAAGACUACCUCUCUGGUAUGGCUGCCGCCGCAAAUUUCGCUUGGGUAAAUAGACAAAGUAUGACUUUUCUAACAAGACAAGCAUUUGCCAAAGCAUUCAAUUCAACCCCUGACGAUUUAGAUAUGCAUGUAAUCUAUGAUGUGUCUCAUAAUAUAGCAAAAUUCGAAGAACACAAUGUAAAUGGUAGACCAAAGAAAUUAUUAGUACAUAGAAAAGGUGCAACUCGUGCAUUUGCACCUCAUCAUCCAUUGAUACCCGUCGAUUAUCAAUUCACUGGUCAACCAGUAUUAAUUGGUGGUACAAUGGGUACUUGUAGUUAUGUUUUAACUGGUACUGAAUUAGGUAUGAAUGAAACUUUUGGUUCAACUUGUCAUGGUGCAGGUAGAUCUUGUUCAAGAAAUAAAUCUAGAAAUAAUUUAUCAUACACUGAUGUCUUGGAUAGUUUACAAGCAAAAGGUAUUAGUAUUCGUGUUGCAUCUCCAAAAUUAGUUAUGGAAGAAGCUCCUGAAUCUUAUAAAGAUGUUGUACAAGUUAUUGAAACUUGUCAUAAAGCUGGAAUUUCAAAAAAAUCUGUAAAAUUAAGACCAAUUGCUGUUAUUAAAGGUUAA